AGCAGUGAUUCAUUGAACUCGUGAUUUGUUUACAGUUAAAACUCCGGGUGAUCUGGGCCGACUUCAACUUCCUCCUGCUGCGAAAAUGUUAUACUUUCUCCUGUUUUCAUCGUCGAUAUUCCUGGUCUGCAGAGCUACCGUGUGUCCGUGUGAGAGACCGGAGCUCUGUGAACAGAUCCGGGACGAGAGAGACUUUGAGGUGUAUGUGUUUGACGUUGGUGGAAAGACAUGGAAGUCCUACAACUGGAGUAUGGUGACGACAGUGGCAGCGUUUGGAAAAUAUGAUGCUGAACUCAUGUGUUACGCUCACUCCAAAGGAGCGCGGCUUGUACUUAAAGGUGACGUUCACCUACCCUACAUUGUGGACCAAGACAACAGGACGGCGUGGAUAACAGAGAAAGUCAACCUAGCCAAGAGUCAAUUCAUGGAUGGGAUCAACAUUGACAUCGAGCAGGCCAUGAACGAGGGGUCGUCAGAGUACCGUGCUUUGACAGACCUGGUCAAAAGGACCACUGAGGCCUUCCACAGGGAGAUCCCAGGUUCCCAGGUCUCAUUUGAUGUUGCCUGGUCACCAAAUUGUAUCGACAAGCGCUGCUAUGAUUACGUUGCCAUCGCUGAGUCCUGCGACCUGCUGUUUGUGAUGUCCUAUGAUGAACAGAGCCAGAUCAUGGGGGACUGUAUUGCAAUGGCAAAUGCCCCACUCUCUCAAACACUGAAUGGUUAUGACCAGUUUUUGAGUCUGAAAAUCAAUCCAAAGAAGCUAGUGAUGGGAGUGCCAUGGUACGGCUAUGACUACCCAUGCCUUAACUUUUCCCAGGAGGGAGUUUGUUCAUUAAUGAAAGUGCCUUUCCGUGGAGCCCCCUGCAGUGAUGCAGCAGGAACACAGAAAACAUACAAGUGGAUCAUGACGCAGGUCAACGGCUCUUUGUCCGGCAGGCUCUGGGACGACAAGCAGAAAGCUCCAUACUUCAAUUACAAGGACCAGGAAGGGCAGAUCCAUCAGGUUUGGUAUGAUGACCCACAGAGUAUUUGUCCCAAGGCGGACGCGGUGAAAUCCAAAGGUUUGAGGGGCAUUGGCAUGUGGAAUGGAAACAUCUUGGACUACAGCGAUGAACCGGUCGCCAGGCAGCAGACCGCAGUGAUGUGGAAUUCUCUCUUAGGAUGCUAAGAAGCUUGGAUACACUUGACACGGUUGCAGAAAUGUACAUCACCCCUCCUGUUUGUUGCUAGGUCAAUAUAACCCCUUGUUGCAGUAAUGGGGUGGGGCUUCUCUCUAUUCAGGGAUGCAUACUUGCACUUCAGAGGUUAUUGUGGCUUUUAUUGGUGUUGUCAUUGAAUGUAGUUACACGGCAGACAUUCCUCUGUGCAAACUGAAACAACUGAUUCUUGGAAGAAAAUAAAAGACAACCAAUCUUUUCAAUGUGACACAAACAGUAUUUUAGAUUUUAUGAUAUUGAGCUUACUCAGAUUCCUCCACUUUUUCUUGCUUUAUGCUUAUGAUAAAUAAAAUAUGUUCUGAA